AAAAUAUUCGCAGCGGGAGCCGGGCCGCGGCAGGCAACGCCAAGGCCGGCCGGUCGAGCAUUCGAGCUGAUAUAUACCCCCACCAGGCCACCACACCACCCCACGCAGCAGCCAAGCGCCACCGUACCAUGCAACCACAGCUGCAGUGACCAGUACUGGUGUUGCUUUCCGCGGGCGCGCGCGUGGCCGGCUUGCUUGCUUUGCUUCCCGUGGCACAGGCCUCCUAGCUCCACGCCGAAAGGAAGCAAGGAUGACGACGAAAGUGUCGGCGGCGCUGCUGUGCGCGGCGGCGCUGCUGCUGGUGGUGGCGCCGCUGGCGGCGGAGGCGAGCGAGCUCAAGCUGGGCUACUACAAGAAGACCUGCCCGGGGUGGAAGAACGUGGUCAAGUACCACGUCGCCAAGGCCAUCAGGGCCAACCGCGGCAGCGGCGCCGCCCUCGUCCGCCUCAUCUUCCACGACUGCUUCGUCAGGGGUUGCGACGCGUCGGUGCUGCUGGACCCGACGCCGGCGAACCCGCACACGGAGAAGACGGCGCCGAUCAACAUCGGCCUCGCGGCGUUCGAGGUGAUCGACGACAUCAAGGCGGCGCUGGAGGAGCGGUGCCCCGGCACGGUGUCCUGCUCCGACAUCGUGGUGUUCGCCGCCCGCGACGCGUCCAGCAUCCUGAGCAACGGGCACGUCCACUUCGACCCCCCCGCGGGGCGCCUCGACGGCCCCAUCUCCCGCGCCGCCGACGCACAGCGGGACCUCCCGGACUCCACCUUCACAAUCGGCGAGCUGAUCCGCAACUUCCGGCGCAAGAACUUCACGGUGGAGGAGCUGGUGAUCCUCUCCGGCGCGCACGCCAUCGGCGUCGGCCACUGCUCCUCCUUCCGCGGGCGGCUGUCCUCGCCGCCGAGCCAGAUCGUGCCGGCGUACCGGAACCUGCUGUCGGCGAAGUGCGCGGCGGGGCCCGACCCCGUGGUGACGAACAACGUGCGGGACGAGGACCCGAGCGCCGUGGCGGCGGCGUUCCCGUCGUUCCUGAAGAAGCUGAGGAAGAACAAGGACUUCCUGGACAACAGCUACUACCACAACAACCUGGCCCGGAUCGUGACGUUCAACUCGGACUGGCAGCUGCUGACGGAGAAGGAGGCGCUGGGGCACGUCAAGGAGUACGCCGAGAACGGGACGCUCUGGGACGAGGACUUCUCCGAUGCGCUCGUCAAGCUCAGCAAGCUGCCCAUGCCGCCCCACAGCAAGGGGGAGAUCAGGAAGCACUGCCGCUUCCUCAACCACCACUAGCAGCUUCCUUCGUUCCUUGGAUACUACUCCUACGUACUACAUAUACAUUAUCUGCAGGCUACUACAGCUGAAACUGUGAUUACUGUCUCGUUCGCUCUCGCAGAUCGUCGGUCGAUCGAUCGGUUCAUCAUUUGAUUGUUCAUUUUGCUGUUCUCGUCUAUGUGAUUCUUUCUUCUUUCUGGUGUUGGAGAUAAUGUGAUUGAUUUGUUGUAUGAUCUUUGUUUGUAUGGACAAAUUACGAAACAAGAGUGGGCAGGGUGUGUGCAUGAACUGCUGGUUGGACUUUGGACAGGAUCGGAGUCCAAUUUUCAUGUAAUAAGGAUGGUCCAGGGAAGUAAUUAAAGUUUUUUUUUGAGGAUUA